AUGGCUAACCUGCAGACCUCAUUCUUAGCGGCCCUCGUCCUUCUUGCUGUGAUGCUUCAAGGCACAGAGGCAGGCCCCUAUGGUGCCAAUGUGGAGGACAGCAUCUGCUGCAGGGACUACAUCCGUCACCCCCUGCCCCUGCGUGUGGUGAAAUAUUUCUUCUGGACCUCAGAUUCCUGCCGGAAGCCUGGCGUGGUCCUGUUAACCCUCAAGGACCGGGAGAUCUGUGCCGAUCCCAGGCAGGCCUGGGUGAAGAGGUUUCUCCAGAAGCUACGCUAA